CGCGAACAGAUACAGUUGAUUGGAUCCGGUCCGCGUUUUUCGUAUCACCAUGAUCACGCCGCCGUCUGGAGUGGCUGCGGCUUCGGGUGCUUUGCUGGUGACCCUGGCCCUGGUGGUCAGCGGAUCCCUGGCGGCGCAUCCCCAGCGGGAGCGCUCCCUGCGCCUGCCCAACGACACCUAUCCGACGUUCUACCAACUGCACAUAUCCAGCGAUAUUCACAAGGGCGUGCUGCUCUUCAGCGGAAAUGCCACCAUUGACGUAGCCAUUCGGCGCUCCACGAACGAGAUAGUGAUGCACGCCAAGAACCUGUCCGAUAUUCAGAUUACUGUCCACCGCCUGACGGCCGGGGGCUCCCAGAUCGUGGACGACCUGACGCACACGCUCCAUCAAGCGGGGGCUUACCUCAUCAUCCAUCCGAGGGAGGACGAGAAUCACCUGGUCUUCGAGGAGGGCCAGCAAUACCGCCUGGAGAUCCUCUACACCGCCACCAUGACACUGCGUCCCGCGGGUCUUUACUACAUGGAUUAUAAGGAUGAGAAGACCAACCGCACCUCAUACAUAGCCGCCACGCAGUCGGAGCCCACAUAUGCACGCCUCAUCUUUCCCUGCUACGAUGAGCCGGGAUUCAAGUCAAACUUCAGCAUAACCAUAACUCAUGGCAGCAGCCACUCGGCCAUAUCGAACAUGCCAGUGAAGGAAGUACUCUCGCAUGGCGAGUUGAAGACCACCUUCUUUCAAACCACCCCACCUGUUUCCACCUACCUGGUGGCCUUUGUCAUCUCCGACUUCGAGAGCAUAUCCGAGACCUAUCGAGGGGUCACCCAGAGUAUCUACACUCCGUCAACGAUCAAGGAAAAGGGUCAAAGGGCCAUGAAGAACGCGGUGAGAACGGUGGCGGCAAUCGAGGAUUAUUUUGGGGUCUCCUAUCCCCUGCCAAAGUUAGACCACGUGGCGCUGAAGAAGAACUACGGAGCCGCCAUGGAGAACUGGGGCCUGAUCACCUACAAGGACCACAAUUUGCUGCACCUCGGAUCGCCGGAGGGACGCUUUGCGCUGUGGGACAAGGUGACCCAGAACCACGAGAUCGCCCAUCAGUGGUUCGGCAACUUGGUGUCGCCGGAGUGGUGGACCUACACGUGGAUGAACGAGGGCUUUGCUACCUAUUUUAGCUAUGUGAUCACUGAUAUGCUCUACCCCGAUGGCAAAGUAAUGGAUGCCUUUAUAACUCUGGAGGCGGACAGUGCCUACAGCUACAACAGCUUCUUUGAUGUUCGCCCGAUGUCCCUUUACGUGGAAGGUGACAAGGAUAUCAUGGCGGUGUUCGAUAUCAUCUCCUAUAAGCGUGCUGCCUGCGUGAUAAAGAUGUUCCACAACGCCCUCCGUCAGAAGGUCUUCGUACGGGGCAUCAGCCACUUUCUGGAGAAAUAUCAUUAUAGCGUGGCCAACGAGCUGAACCUCUUCGAUGCCCUGCAAGCGGAGGUUCUGGAAGACGAGUACUUGUCCCAGCAGCCUUGGGCUUCUAGGAUAAGGGAUAUCAUGCUCUCCUGGACGCACAGCGAGUGGCUGCCCAUUGUGAAGGUCAGCCGGAAUUACGAGAACAACUCCAUCACUUUCGCCCAGCGAUCGGUUCACUCGAAGGACGAGCUCUGGUGGAUACCUCUGAACUUCGCCACCUCACAGUCGCCCUCCUUCGAGGACACCCAAGCGGAUAUAUUCAUGCCGCCCCAGCCGCAGUAUUCCAUAGGUUUGGAGUACCUGGAUAUCCAGCUCAGCGGCAAGGAUUGGAUUAUAGUCAACAAACAGGCGACGGGAUUCUAUCUCGUCCACUACGACACGGAUAACCUAAUGGCCAUCGCCAGGCAGCUGCAGACCAACCACUCGGUCAUCCAUCGGCUGAAUCGAGCCAGUCUCUUCCGGGAUCUUAAGCCCCUGAUCGAGCAUAACGAAAUCGAGCAGGUGGAAUUGGUGUUCGAAAUGCUCAAGUACCUGGAGUUCGAGGAUGACUCACUGAUCUGGAACGAAGUGGGCGACUCCAUUGAGUGCUUGAGGGCAAACUUAUUUGGAACCUCGUCACAGAACCUUUUCAACGAGUUCGUCCGCCGCCUGGUCAGCCCCAUCUUCAGGCGCACUUUCGUGGAACAGAGCUUCAAUAUAACUCUGGAUGCGAGCUUGGGGAUCCUACAAAUGGCCUGCUCAGCGGAUCUCCCGGAAUGCCUGGAGUACACACGAGGCGUGGCCAAGGACUAUAUCAUCAAUAAAAACAAUUUCUCAACGGACUUGGAGUUCUUUGCCACGGCCGACACUCUUUUGUGUAUGGGAGCACGGUACCUGAGCGACCGGGACUUUCACAGUGUGAUCGAUUUGCUCCAGGAGGCGAAUCGCGAAUCGGUGUACUACGAGGACCUGGUAUAUGGACUCCGCUGCACUCAGAGUCAUCGCCACCUGUUGUACUAUCUGGAAGUCAUCCUGGGCGAGAACUCCACGCACGUGAUCUUUAACGAGCCCGAUAACUUGAUGUACCUACUUUACAUCUACAAGAACAAUUUGGCCUCUCGACCAGUUAUCUGGCAGUACGUCGAGCGCAACUACAGGGUGUUCUGCCGCUCGCCCAACUUUUUGGAACACUUCAAACAGCUCGCUGGAUUCGUACCCAGACAUCAGAGGACGCAAUUCGUAAGGCUACGCCAAAACAUCGCGGACUACAUGAAGUUGGAGGGUCUUCAUCCGGACCAAAAGCUGAUCGAGUCCGAUUCGCCGCUGGUGGGCAAAAAGGUGAAGAUGAGCGAGAACUUCCAGGACAAGUUCGGGCAGCAGAUCCACAACUGGCUGCUGGGCGAGAUUCCUCAGUCGACCAGCAGAAGUGAUGCCCUCCUGGCCGCAUCCCUCAGUGCGUCGAACGGAUCCAGUCGGAACGAGGGCAUCCUGAAGGAGGCAACUAGGGUGUUGCGCAGUGCGUUACGAAUAGUUGAUAUGUAUAGGUGAUCACUCUUGUUUCCACUAGGGACUACAUAAGUACAAGCUUAUUUACAAAUAAAUUAAUUUCUAUACAACAA